UACCUGACGGGGGAGAUACUGGGUGACGGAGGGCCGCUCCUUACCAACGGUACUCUCAUCCUGGGACAAGAACAGGACGGAGUGUCCCAAGGGUUCGACCCCAACCAGGUGCUGCUGGGGGAGCUGGCUCAGGUGAGCUUCUGGGACCGACUAGUGACGCAGGAGGAGGUGAGGACCAUGGCCUCCUGCAUGGCUUCGCCGCCCCGGGCCGUCUUCUCCUCAGACACCGUUAACUUGGAGCUUUUCGGCGACGUGACGGAGAAGUGGGUCCACUUGAGCCACUUCUGCAGUCCUCUCCCAAGGUACGUCUUGCUGCCAGAGACCCAGAGCAUCACCGACGCACGGAGACAGUGUGUCCUUACUAACGCCUCCUUGGCCCUACCCACUUCUGGCGAAGAAAACCAGCGACUCCUAGACGCGCUUCAGGGCUUCAUGGACGUCUGCGCCGUCACCAACGUCAGAAAGCUUUGGUUGGGUGCUUCAGACGGGACAGUAGAAGGAAAGUGGCGAAUUGACGGUACUGGAGACUUGAUGAUUUUCAACCGGUUUUACCCUCCGGCUCCUAACGGCGGGACGGUCAAUAACUGUUUAGUUAUGCGCAGCGACGGUGCCUGGGAGGACGAUAUUUGUGACGAGAGAAACAAGAAAUGCGCCGCCUGUUACUACCAAGGUUCCGACUUUCUCCGUCUUCGAGGUCUGUGCUUUGAUAAUGAGCAUCAGCAGCGCUUCGCGGUGACCGGGUACAUGAGUGGUAAACCCAUGUACAGAGGGUAUUACAACCUCUUAAUCCACUGGCUCUCGAACAACACUUGGUACCUUACCGACACCAAAACCAAUAUAACUAUCGCCACGACUACUUUUGAUACCGCCACGCACUACCCCAUUGGACGCAACACCUGGAUGCUCCAUAGCACCAUCUGCGACACUCCGGCAGGCGACGAGAUAGAACUCAGUCUCUCCGCCUGUGAUGACGACCAAUACAUGUGCAGAGACGGAGAGUGCAUCCCCUCUACUGAACGGUGUAACCUCAGGAGCGACUGUCAUGACGGCAGCGACGAAGAAACCUGUAAUUUCUUAUUACUUCCGAAGGGCUACAGGAACUACCUGACUCCUGUGAAUCCCGAGACAGGCGAGAAACUGGGCCUCCAUCCCCACAUCAUCCUCACUAGGUUUGAUGCCAUCGAAGAUAUCAGUAUGACAGUGUCCAUGGAGCUGAAGGUCUCGCUCUCCUGGCUGGACCACCGCCUCACCUUCGCUAACCUCCAGGACUCUCAACGAGCCAGCCUCAUCUCGAGGAGUGACCAAGACAGCAUGUGGCUCCCUGACUACAAGUUUGAGAACAUAUACCGAGGAAAUAUUAAGACUCUGGAGGAGACUGUCGCCGUGGAGAGAAGCUCCGACCAAUUGAAGCCAGAGUUUAACCGACUCAACAUGGAUACGCUGUUCCCUGGGACAAAAAACUCUCUGACGCAGACGAAAAAAUUCAUUGGCACGUUUACCUGCGAUUUCCAGCUAUAUUUUUACCCCUUCGACUCCCAGUUGUGCGAGAUUCAGCUCCAGCUGUCCACUGAACUGAAGGACCACGCUGUCUUCGCCUUCAAGCAGGGCGUGGCUGAGUAUAUUGGCGCCGAACACCUCCCUCUGUACACCGUGCAGGGCGUCACCCUUAGGAACCACACCCAACCUGCUCUUAUGUCCGUCGACUUCAUCUUGAAGCGUCGUUCAGGCAUCGUGGUGCUGACGACCUUCGUGCCAACAGUGCUGCUGCUGCUGGUGAGCUGGGCCACGCUCUUCGUGAAGAUAGAGAACCUAAACGUUCGCGCCACCAUGGCCCUCACCAGCCUCCUCGUUCUGUACACCAUGUUUUCUAAUCUCUCUCGCUCCCUCCCCUCCACGGCGGAGAUCAAACUCAUCGAUGUCUGGUUCUUCUUCAUCAUCUUCCUCAUCUUUAGCAACAUCAUGGUCCACGUCUUCGCCGAAUAUCUUCCUCUCCACCCGGAGGAACGUUGCAUCAAAGUCUCGAGCCUCACAGGGCCGAAGUCCUUCUCCAAGAGUAAGAUCUCCUCCAGGAGUAAGUUCACUCCCGCCAAGCUUCUGAAGCUUCAGCGAUACUUCAUUGUCCCCUUCGCGUUUCUAGUCUUCAGUAUUUAUUUCUGGUGUAAAGCUUUCCUGCAGUGAUUUUCACUUGUUUUUCAUUGACAAUGUUCACUUGUCUCUCGUAAGAACGAUGUUCACUUGUUUCUCCUAGAGACAAUGUUCGCUUGUCUCUCCUAGAGACAAUGUAUCGUCUGCACCAAUCCUUAGCUGUAGCCUCUGUUUACCUGGCAAUGAUAGGGUACUUGUAAAACUAUUUGGCGGGUCGUAUUCCGGGCAAACAUUUGGAUUAAGGACCUGCCCAAAACGCUAUGCGUGCUAGUGGC